AUGGCAGAUAUGAAGGUGGAGAUUCUGGAGGGCCUCCUAGGGGACCUCUACAGCAUCUUUCCCAUCCAGGUUGGUCUGAGCGAUGUUGGCCAUUCAGGGACCCGGAACAGACUUUACAUCAUCCUAGCCUGCAAAGAGAAGCUACUCAUGCUGCACAACCCGACUGACCUGUACAGCCAUGUCAGCAGUGAGUUGAAACAGCUUGGUAGCACACAGCCGGGGGACUACUUGACUGCUGGAAAUUUGGAGAUUCAGCUUGACGCAAUGGAAGUUGCCACUUCCGGGAAGAUCUUCCGGUCCAACAUGCAGGACCUUUCCUACUUGCUCAGCGAGCGGGAGCGCUUGGUGGUCACGCAGCUGUCGGAUGAGUACCGGCGCCGAUUCAACGCCGACCCCGCAGACAAUCGGAACUUAGUUUACUUCACCGGGGACAACCCCACGUUUGCCAUGACAUGGUCUGGGGCCUCCAACCGGUUGCCCACGUUUCGGAGAAAUGCUGCCACUGGAAAGUUUUGGUUUCCAGCUGCGCAAAGAUGGCUUACGAACUGCGAGAAGCUUCUUGGCCCACAAAUGCUGUUUGUAACAUAG